CUCAACCCACCCCACACUACUCAAUAACCACUAGACCACGGUGCUUUGACCCCUGUCAUCCACACUUGCGUCGAAAAUCAUUAAUCCGCAUCCACAAACACCGGAUCCACCCACUUCACGUUCCAGCACGUUAAUCAUGUCCUCCUACUGCAACGUACCCAUGUCCCCAUCCACCGGUUUCUUCCCAUCCGCGCCUGGUGCACCGCACGCAUUCUCUGGCAUGCACGGUGGGGACCCCCGCGAGGCCCAUGACAUGUAUGCGGCACUCGGCUCGUCGUUCGGUUUCCGCUCGGACAGCCAAGGCUCUCCCAACCAGAACCGCAACAGCAUGAGCUCUCUCAAGAAGCUCGUCCGCAGGUCAUGAACAACAUCACAAACGUCUCAUUCACGACACCCGUCACUUUCAUGCCUCCUUCUCAUCAGCACAACUUUCUCUGUAUCAUUACCCUUGGAAGAUUGGCGAAGACGGCCUUCUGUUCAGGCCUUUGGUCAGGACGGAGAUAGGACUUGAGGUUAGGAUAGAAGAGCUUCGUCAUGACGGUGCUGGGUACCGCAUUAAUCUUCCAUUCAUCUCUUCCACACUACUUCACAAGCACAUGCAUAGAAUACCACAACCAC